CCCAGGGUUAACCACAACACACAACCCCAACCAAAACUCACUUGCUUUCUCUCUUGAACCUCCAUUUUCUUGCAAUGGAGAGAGUAGCAACACUCUCCUCAUCAGUGUCCGCCCUUGGGUUUUCUUCAUCUGCAGGGACGACUCAGCGCAAGAAAACCUUUGCAACAAGCAACCUAAGGUCUAAUUUCAUUGGUGAUGCUAGUGGAAUCCGUUUCACUAAUCUCACCAUUGGUCGCAACCGCUUUGUAAGGAAAACAGUGGAAUGCAAGGAAUCAAGAAUUGGUAAGCAACCAAUUCCAGUGCCUUCCAAUGUGACAAUCAACAUGGAAGGACAAGAUUUCAAAGUUAAAGGUCCUCUAGGAGAGUUGGCUAUUACUUAUCCACGAGAGGUAAAGCUAGAGAAGGAGGAAUCAGGAGUGCUUAGGGUCAGAAAGGCUGUGGAGACGAGACGGGCUAAUGAGAUGCAUGGUUUAUUCAGGACCCUCACCGACAACAUGAUUGUAGGCGUAUCCAAGGGGUUUGACAAGAAACUGCAGUUGGUUGGUGUAGGGUACCGUGCGGUGGUUGAAGGCAAAGAUAUAGUUCUUAAUCUCGGAUUCUCUCAUCCGGUUCGGAUGGCAAUCCCUGAUGGCUUGCAGGUUAAGGUUGAAGAGAACACUAGAAUCACGGUGAGUGGAUACGAUAAAUCUGCCAUCGGUCAGUUUGCUGCCUCGAUUAGGAAAUGGAGGCCUCCGGAGCCAUAUAAAGGUAAGGGUGUGAAGUAUGCUGAUGAAGUUAUUAGAAGAAAGGAGGGUAAAGCUGGAAAGAAGAAGUGAUAACUACUUACCUGUCAUUGUUGUUUUCCCUUGUUCAAUGUAUGUAUAUCAUGUGAUGUGCAUUAACAACACUCAAUUUUUGACUUUGGUUAGUGUACAACAAAGCUGAUUCUUCUUCCUUCUCUUCUU